AUGGCCAGGACACCAGAACAAAAGCUCCGGCGCCGGCGCAAUACUUUCUUCAAGAUUCUGUUCGGCGACGAUUUCACCCGACGACUCAGGAUCCCACCUGAAUUCGCCCGAAAUCGAGCAGGGGCUCUGCUUGGGAUGGUCAAGCUCAAAAUAUUCGGCGGGCCCUCUCGGGCCGUGAGUGUGGAGAAAAUGGAGGACGGUAGUAUUUGGUUUUGCAAGGGCUGGGCUGAAUUUUUUGAGGAUAUGGAGCUGAAAUUGUUCGAUUUCCUUAUUUUCUUAUGGUGUGCCGAGAAAUCGACCUUCGAAGUGUGCGGCUAUGGUAAAAACGCAUGCGCGAAGGGAACCUUUCGCCGUGCCUGCGGCAGCGUCGAUGAAGGCUCUGCAGGACUUGAAAACGAUCUGAAGGAAGAGGCACCAUCUAGUGAUGGUGAGGAUGAGGACAAAUCUGGCGGCUCUAAUCCAUGCUUUAAGAUAAUCAUGAAACCCCAACAUGUAUCUAGACUGCAUGUCCCCAAGGAUUUUCUGUUGGCCGCUGGUUUGGUGGGGAAGGAUGGAGUGUGUUUGGACUAUGAAGGGGGUCAUCCUGUUUUGGUUGAUCUGAUUUUAAGGCGCAGAAGAUGCGUGGAAAUGGUUAAAGGGUGGCCCAAGUUUUGGAGGUCUAACAAACUAGUCGUCGGUAAAUCCUACAUGUUUGAGUUCAUUCCGAGUAAAAUGAUUAUUCAGGUUCAUGAGGAAAACGAAUCUCCGGUGGAUGAUGAUAACAGUGAUGCUGAUGAGACUAAAUACCCAAUACACGAUAAAAAAAGGAAAGGCAAAGGCAGAAAAGAUCAAGAAAUCGUGAAAAAAAGGAACGGCACAGCUAAAAUUCAAGAAAACAUGCGUGAUAUUUCCUCUCGUCUGAAAGAAGAAACACCUAAUUUCGAUGGAUUAAGUUCUGACGUAAAGGGAAUGUGGGAUGCAUAUCAGAAAGCAGAGGCUUUCGUCUUGAGCCGCACUCCAAAAAGACCAUGUUUCAUUUCUUUCAUGCACAAAACCUAUGUCCGAGACAAACACAGCUUGAAUGUACCAUUUCCAUUUGGUAGACGAAAUUUGCCACAUUUGGGCGUUCUGUCGAUAGUUUUGGUCACGAAUGGGAAAGAAUGGCUCGUGAGUUGCCUCAAGAAAAAGCGCUGCGCGAAGUUGUUGACAGAUGGAUGGAGGAAAUUCGUGCAGGAUAAUGAGAUCAAGCUUGGUGAUGCUUGCGUAUUUGAAGUGGCAGAUAGAUUCGAUAGUAAGGGCAAUGAGCUCGUGUGGGAUGUCUUUAUUUUUCGCAACUGA